GCGUGGCUAGUAACUGCGUGCGCCACUCACGAGCGGAGCAGCGAGCUACAGCGCGCGGACAUGUUCAGCAGCGUGCUCAGGGACCUGGAGGAGGACCCGCGCUUUGCCGAUCCGUUCCAGGCGCACCACGAGCGCAUGCGGCAGAUGAUGAGGGGUUUUGCGGACCCUUUCAGUCCUGGAUUGAUGCCGAGUAUCACAGAUGGCAGGAACGGAGGUCGCGGGGGAGCGGGCCAGGCCGGCAGGAGCUUGGCCGCCCGCACCGACCACAGAGACAUGGAUUUCUUCAGGAACCCCUUCAGUAUGAUGGACAGCAUGAUGGUGGGAAUGAGAACCAGGAUGGAGGACAGGCAGAGGAACUUUGACAUGUCCACGGACUCCGGUACGCACGCCUUCAGGUCGUCCUCUGUCGUCACCUACUCUAAAGUGGGAGACGAGCCCGCCAAGGUGUUCCAGGCGUCCUCGCAGACCCGCUGCGCCCCCGGGGGGAUUAAGGAGACACGCCGAUCUCUGAGAGACUCUGAGAGUGGACUGCAGAAGGUGUCUAUUGGCCAUCACAUCCAGGACAGGGGCCACGUCAUCGAGAGGAAGCACAAUCAGAAGACCGGAGAGAGAGAGUUUAAUCAGGACUUCCAGAACAUGGACGAGACUGAAGCCCAGGCCUUUGAUGAGGAGUGGCAGAGGGAGAUUUCCCGGUUCCAGCGCGCCGCUCCGGCUGGACGUCUUCAGGCGCCGGGGGCCCGUGCCGUGAGGCGGGUGGCCAUCACCGGCCCUGACCACAAAGCCAGCAGCACAUUAAGAGAGACAGCCACCCCUCCGGACAGCGAGAGGAAAACACACGUGUCGGAGCUCAACUUCCAAAGCUCCAGUGUGAAGAAGUAAAAGAACAGAAUUGCUGAGAUUGAAAUAAAACUCUUUGGAGUUCCCUGCAGCUUCUCCGCGCUUCUCUCACAGCAGUGGUUCUGCUUCCCUGCCGUAGGAUCCUGCAUCGUAAACACCCCUCUCACUGUAACUGCCGUGGACAGCAGAGAUCUCUCCCGCCACUCCAUGAACUGGGUUACAUCGCUGUAAUGCGACAUAAAGGCAAACAGGCCUGUGGAUCUUUAGUAGUUUCCAAAAGCAAACAACCCCUUCCUUCCUUCCUAAGGAGCAUACGUUUGUCUUUCCCAGAUAUCGGAACGCUGUUGAUUCUUCUCCCAUGCUGUUUGUUUCUUUUGCUAGUUUUUAAACACGGAAGUGUUAAUAGUGUUAAAAUGCACUUAUGAUUAACAUACCUGUGUGUAAUCGAUUCUUACAGCUGUACUUUUUGGGAAAGUAUGAUUUGCUGUAUACAUUUAUAAAUAGUAAUAAUAGUAAUGAUACAAACCAAGAGCCUUUUUAUACAGUGAUUGAUCACAGUGAUUGAUUAGUGUUCUGAUUUUCAGCUGCUCAGUUUUAUGUUCAUUUGUGUCUCAGCUGUUGUUUUACAGAGAUGUUUUCCAAACGAAAGUGAGGUGUAAAAUCAAACAUGAUAACAACUGACGAAUCAGUGAGCUAGAUACUGUGAUCAAUAAAACCUUUCUGUAAGGCA